AUGGCGCCUCAAAAACACGUCGUGGAGAUUCCGCGCAACAUCCUCCCCCGCUUGACUUGGAACAGCUCCUCUUCGCUCGUCACCAACCUUCCCGCACUCGCGAUAAGUCAACGGCGACCAUUCCCGCAAGGCUGGAGUCCUUUGAAACAACAAAUUGCUUCAUUAUGCCUAUCCACUCAGUCUUCUCGUUCUAUCUUCACAUCCUCCCGGGAAGUCAUAUCCGAAUAUCUCGUUUCCCGACGAAUCUCUAUAACGACACCGGCAACAUCUAAAACCCCCCGCGGCAAUCCUAUCCGACAUAAUGGUGUUUAUGUGGCUACUUUCAAUCCCGCUCGCCGUGCGUUUCAUGCCACGCCAACCCGGAACCGCGAUCAUCACUUUGAUACACUGAAAUUCGUGAAGCGCCUGCAGACAGAGGGCUUCAGCGAGGAACAGUCCGUCGCCAUGAUGCGGGUAUUGAACGAUGUCAUUCAAGAGUCAAUCCAAAACCUGACCCGGACUAUGGUCCUGCGGGAAGACUCGGAGAGAUCGACUUAUACACAAAAGGUGGACUUCGCCAAAUUGAGAUCUGAACUACUUAAUGCAGAUUCGACUGAGGCACAACUGACCCGCUCAUCACACGAGAAGAUCGCAGCAGAUCUAGCCAAGCUGAACUCCCGACUUCGCGAUGAAAUUGGCCGAACUCAAGCCUCGGUUCGGUUAGAUCUGAACCUUGAGAAGGGUCGGAUUCGGGAAGAAGCAAAUGGCCAAGAAAUGCGGAUUAAGGAAACUGAAACGCGAAUUGAACAGGAAGUAGCAGGGCUGAGAGAACGAGUGGAGGCUGUCAAGUUCUCGACCUUGCAGUGGCUUAUGGGUGUGUGUACCGGUACUGCAGCUCUUAUUCUUGGUGCCUGGCGCCUGUUUAUGUGA